AUGAACCACAACAGUAAUAGUGCUACUAACAGUAAUAUUCAUCAUCAAUUCCCUCCUGUUGGUAUUAGUAUUGGAAAUUAUCAAAAUUCAACAACAGCACCACAACAACCAACACCAACAACAACAUCAUUCAUUGGAAGUGUUAAUCAUCAUACUAACUCUAUGGGUGAAUCAUCACCUCCACAACCUAGUCUUAUUAAAAGAAGACCUCUAAGGGAACAUAAUACACUAAGAAAAUCUACUCAACAACAAUCUCAACAACCUAAUAUACUAAGUAAUCAUAAUAAUUCAACAACAAUUCAACCUACAAUUCAACAACCUAUAUUAUCAAAUUCUAUCAUUAAACCACCAACAAUUUCUAACAGUGCAAGUAUUUCAUCACCAUUUGUAAAUCAAACGUUCUUCAAUACUUCAAAUAAUAACUUGCCAUCAACACCUACUUUUACUAAUAAUAACAAUGCUAAUAUACCUACUAAUAAUAGAUAUCAUGAAUACUCUAUUGAAGAUAGUCCUAUUUAUAAAACACCAACCUAA